AUGACCGGCAGGCGCCCUGGCUUGUGGGUGAGGGAGGCCUGGCCAGCCAGUGGGCGAGGCGUGCAGCUGUGGAGGGACUGUGGGGGAGAAACUGGAGGCCUGACUCUCGCGGGUUGCGUUGGCCGGCGAGGCUGGCGUGGGCGCGCGAGGAAGGGCUUGCGGGCUGAAGCAGGGCACAGUGGAGUGGCCGUGUUGGGGCUGCUUGGGGCUAGCUGGCUGUGUGGGCGAGGGAGGACUGGGGCGAUGGCCUGCUGCGAGGCUGAGCACGCGAGGGGCGUGGGGCGCUGGCCUGUUGCGAGGCUGUGCGCCCGAGGGGGCUUGGGGGUAGAGCUGGAGCUGCGGGCUGUAUUGGUGAGGCAAAGAGGGAAGGCUAUGGCUACAGUUGAGAGUGAGGGAGUCUCCUUUGUUGCAGAGGGUCAACUGUUGUGGAGUGUCCUUCCUCUGGGUGUCUUAAAUGGCCCGCUAGUAGAAGAAUGCAAGAGUAUCGGCCUAAUUAAGAGGGGGAGGGGAGGAGGCUUUGGUGGCCGUUUUGGUCAUCAAAAUUUACAAAACAACCGUUCCGUCUAUCGACCAACUCCACCAUUAACAGCCAUAGAUAGGUUUUUAUUUGGUCAAAGCCAUUUCACACCCCAAAACAUUCAAAACAAUGAUAAAAAAAACGAAACCCUUGUUUCAACAAAUGGGUUGUGUGGUUUUUCUCCACCUAAUGGUGCAAUUGGUGCUGUUCCAUGGCCAAGCUUUUCAGAGACAAGUUUUGUUGAUGGGCUUUUUAUUGAUGAAGAUAGCCUUAAUUGGACAUACGAGGGAAACCCUAAUGGGGGUUUCACUGGAGAAGUGAAUGUUUCAGGGAAAAGUUCUAAAGAAAUGGGAAAGAAAACAAAGAAAGGAUCUUGUGCAACUUUGAUCAAGGGGCAAUGGACAGAAGAAGAAGAUAGGAAGUUGAUCAGGUUGGUGAAACAAUUUGGAGUGAGAAAAUGGGCUCAAAUUGCCGAAAGGUUGGCUGGUAGAGCUGGAAAGCAGUGUCGUGAGAGGUGGCACAAUCAUCUACGGCCUGAUAUCAAGAAGGAUAGCUGGAGUGAAGAAGAGGAGAGACUAUUGGUCGAAGCUCAUACUAAAGUUGGGAACCGGUGGGCGGAGAUAGCGAAGCUUAUUCCAGGAAGAACAGAAAAUGCUAUAAAGAAUCAUUGGAAUGCAACCAAAAGAAGACAGAAUUCGAGGAGAAAGCACAAGCAAACAGAAAGCCAAAGUGGAAAGCCUCAAUCCUCGAUACUACAGGACUACAUUAGAAGCACGAACCUUAAAAAUGCUUCAACUUCCGUAACCCCUACCGGAAGCACAACCACUGCCACCAACACCCCAUCAAGCUCCACAUCUGAAGACCCCUCAUGCCAAUUCAACUAUUUUCUCCCUGAAUUAGCUGAAUCCACCACGGAUGACUCCCCAUCAUUACUUGCACAAACAUGCAAUGAUGAUGAACUUUUGUUCAUCCAAAAUUUCUUUGCCAACAAAUCCAAAGAGCCAUCAACGGAUAAAGUUCCUAUGGAGAAUCCAAUGAUGGAGGUGGACAACUUCAAUGCAGAUUCUUUUAAUGACUCCUUGUCCUUGGAUUCCUGUGGUUUAUAUCAAAACAAUGGAGGUCAGCAGGUCAAUGAUGUAAGUGAAAAUGGCUUUGUUUGCUCUAGUUUGGAUCCGAAGUUGUGCACUAAUGGUUUCCCAGCAGCAGCAGUACUAGCAGAUCAUACACCUACUUAUAACCACCUCAAUUCCGAUCUCUACCUUUCCUAUCUAUUGAAUGGAGCAAGUAGUGCCCCAUGUUCAUCUUCUACUGAAAAUGGCUAUAACAGCAUGAACAUGGACUUGCAGAUGGAUCAAACUCAUUCUCUCAAUGGAAAGAAGGAGAUGGAUUUGAUAGAGAUGCUUUCUUCUUCUCAAUUCUCUUAG